CACUCAUCAAGUAAAUCCAGGUAUGAUCAGGUGGCAGCGUGCUGGAGUGGUGUCGAACUGUGAAAUGAACCAUGGAGGGGUGCAGGCCAGUAACUAGCCAAGCCAGCAGCCUCAGGAGAAGCAGAAGCCCAGGGCAGCCCCACAGCAUGCAGCUGGGCCCUCACUAGCACCCAGUGGACCCAGUCCUCUUAUCUUCACCUGGGGGCCAGGGCUGCAGAAUGCUCAGUCCUGUCACCCCUUACAGUCUGUUGAAGAUGCACUGGUCUCCGGAGCACGCAGCCCCCUUAUCUCAGUGGCCUGAGCAGCACCUAGAUGUCACCUCUACCACCUCGCCGCCAUCUUCCCACAAACAUGAUCCCUAUUCUACAGCUGCUCGCCGCGGCUAUGCCCCUGCAGGUUAUCCAUGGGCUAGUGAUGACAUAUCAGCCCUUACUGCUUCGUCUUUGCUCAAACGCUAUGCUGAGAAGUACUCAGGCUUGGAGUUGUCCUAUGAUCGCCCAGCUACAGGGGUCUACUCAGAGCCUGGGUCUUUCCUGAAAACUGAAUCUGAGCCCUGGGCUCUGGGUCAGAGUAUGGAGUGUUACCCUGGACUGGAGGCAUUAACAGGCACCAAAGUAGGCACAGCAUCUGUGGGCAUCCCAGCCACAGGAAGUGUGACAGUUGUGAGCAGUAACUUGGCAACUGAGUCAGGCUACAGUGGCGCUGGCUCUUGCAGUACCCCGUCAUCUCAGGAAUACCCUCCUGCCUACAACACCACUUACUUGUCCUCAGGAUAUUGCCCUCAGCCAAGUGGAGCACUUCCCCCUGCCCCUCUGCACUCUUUGCAGGCUGCACCCACUCUAGUGCCCAGCUACAGCGCCAGCACUCCUGUCUACAACUACCCUCCAGGUUGCUAUCCCCAAGCCAGCCUAUCCUCUGGAUACAGCCACCCCAGUGCCUCCUAUCUGCCCUCUGGGAUUAGUGCACCCACUCCUCUGGCCCCUAGGCCUACCAUGGUGGGGGGCAGCUAUAGCUACCCAUCACACAGCCUUGGAGGGGUGUCUGAAGCUGGGUUGCCAAUGAAACGCAAGGCCUUUGAGAUGGCAGAAGAAGGACAGGAGGGAGCAGAGGUGGAAGGAUCACGCUACAGAAAGUAUGGCAACGGCCAUGGAAACAGUCAUAGCAAAGGCCACGGCAACGGGAAUGGCAAUGGCUUUGAUACAAGCAGCUCUGCCUCAGAUUCACAGUCCUACAAAUCUGGAAAGCCCCUGAUGUCACCCCCUUAUGGGAGUGCAAGGGAUUACAGCCCUCCAUCAGGCCUAGCAGGAGAAAGUGUGUCCGGGGAUCACAACUUUCCUCAGCAACAGAGAAUGCCAAUGAAGAUACCUGCGACGCAUACACGAUCUGAGGACCCCAGUGGAGGCCGUUGACAUCUCUGACCAGCAUAAGUGAGAAUUCUCUCACUCUCGAAACCAACCAGGGUUCUUAAUCAAGAUGAACUUGUUGGAAUAAAUAUGGAUUUGCAAACGCAAGGAUUCAUUUUACUAGCAAACACAAGUGGGCACAAAACAGUUUUUCUUGUGCAUUCUUUACAUUUUCAUAAUUCAUGUUUUCCCAAAGAUUCACAGGAGUAUUACGCCCUGUAAAGUUGAGGUAAAUCUUAGGGGCGUGGUUAAGGCAUUCUGUACACAGAUGGCAUUAACGUAGUUUGAAUGGAUAAAUGCCAGUUUCUCUCAGGAUCCUAUUUAUUUCCUUUCUGCUACUGGGGCAGCAGCACUGCAACAUUGCUGUCUCAGAGGUUGGUGUAAUUAUUUGUGGCCAAUAUGUUUGUUAAAGGCCUUUGACUGCAAUAUGUUCAAAAUCACCACAAAAAUCAUUACUGACCAAAAAGUAAAGAGAGCAAUAACUGACAUGUUGAGAUAGCCAGUACUUCAGCACAAUCACUUCUACUUUACACAGCUAAUUCCAAGGCUUGGUGCGCCACUUUGAGAAUGAAGCAUUUCCUACUUAGCCAACACUUUCCCCCUGCCUUUACAACUACUUUGUAUUUAGUUUCUUUAUCCCCUUUGAUUCAUGUUCUUAAUCUUAUUCUAUCCUGGUGCUUUGCUUCUUGUUCUCAACUAUUUUUCUGAACAAGAUUCAUAUCUGAACAACUUUUUUGCCCAGUUUACACAUACCAAGCUGCUAAUCAAAUCAAAGACAACAUAACAUCCAUUAAGCCGCCCUUUAAAAUGUUUUGAUGUAUGGAAAGAGUGAGAAAUUGUCUACAUUUUUUGCUCGUUCAACAAUGUUAUAGAAGUAGUUCAAAAUGUGUUGUUUACAUAGACUUCUGCUGAUCUUAACUCAAGGAAUGCUUUCUGAAAAAAAUGCAAAAGUCCAGGUCCAGCUUAUGCCUUGUCUUUUCUAAUCAACAUGUUGGAAUAAAUUGUAACAACAAACAUCUAUGAAACAACCAAAAACAAAGGAAACAUAUGCUUUAGUCUGCAUACUGAUAAUACUCACUCAAAGCAAAUGACUGCAUUAGCAAGAUUGUUACCGCUGUUGGAUGCACAACACAGACCGUGUGGCAAGCAGGUUGCAGUAGAGGAUGAAGUUUAUGGAGACGUGCUUCCUUGUCUGAUAGGGUUUUCUUGUUUUUUUUUAUAUGCAUUCUCUUUGCUUUUGCCUCUAAAAGUGAGAUAAAUAGUUGUGUUAUUGAAUACUCAGGAAGAAUAUCGUUACCUCAGAAUGAUAAAAACGAAUGUAUGUUAUUACCUUAGGGUGUUUGUGGGGAGCUUUAUGGAGCAAGAUGAAAAUGGAGACAUGGCUUUAUUAAGAGCAAAACAUACUCUGAACACUGCAGGGAAACAAUGAACUUACAAGGCCUUUAUACUAAUAGUCUACACACACAUACACAAACAUGUACACUUGCAAACAAGCACACACAUACAGACACCAUUCACACUGCUUCUUAGCUCUGGGGAGUUAAACUUGAGGUUUUUGUACUAAGGCCUGAAAUGUUGAAUGUAAUUCAGAUAUUUUUUUUAAAAGGACAAUACAUGCCAUAAUGUACAUCAAUGAUGUUUUUCGAUAUAUGAAACAUAUUUUCUUCAUGUAUAGGUGUAACUCUCUUAUAGGUUUUGGUGGACAAAAUGAAUGACAUGUUAUGUGUUAGUGUAGUUAGUGGGGGAGCGGUUUUGUGGACAAAAUGUCAAACAAAGCACUCCUGACAAACAACUUUUGACAUAUCAAAAUGUACACAAACUACAGUUUAUGCUCUAAAGUAGGUUUGUUUAUUGAAUGUCUUAACAGUGUCCUACUCCCAUUUUCCAUAUCAGUAUUUUAAUUCCACCCGGCAGUGUCACCUGUUAUCAGCUUGAAUUUAGCCCCAACAUGACUUGAUAUCAUGAAGAAGGAAGACGUUCAACACUGAACAAGUAUGUGCACUGUCACAAAUAUAUGUAUGGUUAUGACUCUAAACUUCUAACUGAGUUGUAGAUUUGUUGCUCUUCUAUGCCAUACCGUCAUAAGUUGUGCCAUACAAAUUAACUUUGCAAAAAAUGCCCAUUGGCAACCAAAACUACAAAAAACUUUUGUCUAGAAUCUUGCCCAAAGAGCAGAUCCCCUUUAGAGUUAGACUAAAAUGAAGCUUUGGAUUUAGUCUGAAAUGCUAUGUGAUUUGAAAUUAUAUUAAUGCCUCUUUUGGAAAAAUUAGCCCAUUCAUACAAUUAAAGAAUGUGGUUGAGUGUGGAAAAAAAAUAUCCUUUAAAAAAAUGCUUAAGAACAAAUACAGAUUAUUAAACUGGAGUUAAAAAAGUAACAAUGUAUUCUUACCCCCAGAUUUUAAAAAUAUUUAAGCGCUUAGUUUCAACAAUUGAAUGCUCUUCAAUGCCGCACAAAGAUGUGCUCUACAUUAACCCAGAUAUUUUGCAUCACAGGAUAUUAUUUGGUAUUUUUUGAUGUUACUCUUAAUCAUUGAAAGUGGAGUUGAAUUUUGUCCAACAGAUGGAAAAUGGAAUUUCAGUGUUAUCUUUGUCCUUUGGUUGUACUUUUCUUUUCUCGUGUACAUUCUCUGUAACCAUUUCUACCUCAUUUUGAAGAUUCUGUACAUGGAAAUAUUUAUUUCAUGUCAAUUCAUGCCGGUUUAUGGAGCAGUGUUUCUAUUUCUUGAACUGCUAUAGUCUACCUCACUAAAGGUUGUUGUGUCAUGGAAAUGAAGAUAUCACCAAAAAGCAAAACCUGACUUUGUGUUUUUGUGUUUGAAGUUCAAAAAGGUUGUACUGAAAA